AUGAAUAACGUAAAGCAAAAUAUUUUAAAUUAUAAAGAACUAGCAAAACAAUUAGAAGCUUGUAUACAAUUUAAUUCAACAGAUAUUGCUGUAAUACGAGAUAUAUAUGAAAAAUGUAAAAAAGAUUUGUUUUCAAUAGAAAAAUUAACAGUAGAAGCAUUGGAAAAGGGAAAUGCAAAACUUUUUGAAGAAUUAGUAGAAGCAUCUACAGUAGUUGAUAAAUCAAUUAAGCUUUUCGAAACUUAUGAAAAAAACCAGAAAGAUGGAACAUUGAAAAUACCGCGUAGUUCUUAUCAUACAACAUAUUCUGAUGAAACAAAAGAAAAUAUAAAAAGAAAACAUAGUGAUAGAAAAAAGAGAAAUGAUAGAAAGAAAGAUAAAAAAUACAAAAGCGUACAUGAAGAAAGUGAAGAUAAAAAAAAAAAAAAAUAUAAAAGUUUAGGUAAUACAGUCGAAGAUAUAAAAGGGAAGAAAAGUAAAAAAAAAAAAUAUGAAAAAAUAAAAAAUAAAAAAAGAGAAAAAAGCUAUGACAUUAAUGAAGAUAAAAAUAUAAAGAAAGAUAUUAAUGAUAAACAUUUCUUUACACUGGAUUCAAAAUAUUCUUUUAACAAGGAGGUUGAAAGCUUUUAUAAUACAAAUAGCUUAAGUAGUGAAUUAGUUGAUGAUACACAUUCAAAUGAAAAAAAAAAAAAAAAGAAAAAGAAAAAGAAUUUUGAAAAAGAAGAUUCAAGUACUAUUGAGAAUAAUUACACAUAUACAUAUGAUAAUGCAUUAAAUUCAAAUAAAAAUAACUAUUUGAAACACAAUUCUAAAGAUAAAACAUAUGACUUUAAUAUAGAGAAUUCUUCAAAUAACUCAUUGAUUAUAAUAGUUCAUAUAUCAGAAAUUAUUAAUGUAUUAUUAGAUAUAAAAAGUGUAUAUAUUUAUUUAACAUUAAAAUCAUUAGAUAAUAAAGUAAAUAUAAAAAAAAGAAGUAAAAAAAAAAAAGUCGAGAAAUUUACCAUAGAUAUAUCAGAAUUAUUCGAAUUUUCCAUUAUUUAUAAUAAUCAAUUAUUUUUAUCUAUUGAUAUAAUUGAUAGUGAAAAUAAUACUUACUAUUACACAUGCUUGAUAAAUUUAAAUAAAACCAUUUUGAAAAAAACUAAAUUCUUUACACCAACAGCCUUUUUAUUAACAGCAGUUCACGAAAAAUUGCAUUUUAAAGAACGAGGAGAUAAUAGUGGAAAUUUAUUUAAUAAAAAUAAUAGUUUUAUUAAUAGAAAUUAUUGUAAUAAUAUUGAAAAUUCAUAUAACAACACGCAAAUGGAAAAUUAUAAAUCCAUUAAAUAUAUGUCUAAUGCUUUAGAUAUAAAUAAUAAUUCCGAUAAUUAUUAUAGAAUAAAUAAAACUAACAAUUUUGGAAAUUCUAAUAAUCUAAAUAAUAUUAAUAGUUUUCAAAAUUUUGGAAACAUAAAUAAUACUUCAAUUAAAAGUGAUAAAAUGAACGAAAAAGAAAAAAAUGAAUUUCAUAAAAUAGAGGGAGAAGUUUCAAACAACCAUUCUUAUGUAAUUAUGAAUAUUGUUUUAAAAAAUAAUGAAUUUGAUUAUGAAACAGAAGUAAUUAUAGAAAAUAAUAUAAAUCUGUACAAAGAAUUAUACAAUAUUUGUAAUAAAGAAAAAAUGUUUUAUGAAAAUAAGAAUAAAGAAAAUGAAAAAAAAAUUGAAGAAUUAGAUAAAACUGUGAUGCUUUUAGAAUUGGAUAAUGAAAAUUAUGUCCAAGCUAAUAAUAAAUUAAAAGAAAUUAUUAAUGGGAAAAAAGAAAUAAUUAAAACAAUUGAAAAAAUUAUAAAAAAAAAAAAUAGUAAAAUAGAAAAGUUACGAAAAGAAAAUAAGAAAAUAGAUGAAGCAGAAAAGAUUGCUGAGGAAAAUAAAAAACAGAAUAGUUAUUUAUCUCAAAAAAUUUCUAAAUUAAAUACGAGUUUUGUUGAAUAUAAACUAAAAUUAGAAAAUUCUAGUCAAGUUAAUAAUAAUCUCAACAGUAAAAUAAAUAAUCUGUUAUUUCAGUUGCAGAAUGCACAAUUUAAAAAUGAAAAAUUAUUGUCAUAUCUACUGUUUUUAUUAAAACAUAUGCAUCAUUUUCAUUAUAGUAACAAUGAUAAUUCUUUUAAUUUUUUAAACUUCAAGAAGUUGAAUAUGAAAUUUUCUAAAUAUAAAUUAGAUAAUUAUAAUGAUUUAUUAACUAAUUUAAAUCACAAUUUAAUAAAUGAAGAUAUAUGUAAAAAUAGCAAUGAAAAUUUUAAUAGCAUAAAAUGCUUAAAAAAUAAAAAAAACAUAAAUUUAAGUUUAGAAUACUCUGACGAUUUGUCUAAAUCACAUUAUGAAAAAGAGAAUAAUUGUAACAGUGAUAAUUCAUUAGUUGAAUAUAAAAAUGAUUAUGAAAAUAAUUUUCCAAACAUUUAUGAAGAUAUAUCAUAUAAAAUAUCAUCUGAUAAAGAAAAGAAAUCAAAAGAUAAAAUAUUAGAUGAUGCAUUAACUGAUGAAUUUUUAAUACAACAAUAUAAAAAAAAUAUUACGUUUUCUAAGAAAAAAAAGGAAAAAAAUGAUGAUAAUAGUGAUUCAAGUAAAAAAGUAAAAAAACAUAUAAGUAAUUAUAUACACAAAUUGAAUUUGGAUAAUGAUAAACUAUUAGAUAAUGAUCAAAUUGAUAAUUCAAAUUUGAAUAUAAAAAGAGAGUACGAUGAGGAAGAUCACUCAUCGGUUAAUGAAAAAGAAGAGAAAGAAAACAAUAUUCAUUUAAAUGAUAUUAAUAAUGUAAAAAUAGUAAAUGAUAGCAAUAGUAAUUUUAAUGAAAUCUUAUCGAGUCACAAUGGAAUAAAUAGUGUUACAUAUAGCACAUUUUCAUUUAAUAUUAAAAAUUAUAAAGAGAAAAGUAAAAAAAGAUCCCUCUUCAAAAAAAAAGAUAAAAAGAAUAAAAUAGGAAAAAAUACAUUAAAAUAUAAAAUGGAAAAUAAUCAUAUGAAUAAAUGUAUUGAGGAUUUUGAUAAUGAUAGUUUAAAUGAAAAAGGAGAUAAUUUUAGUUAUAAUAGUGAUAUUAAUAAAGAUAAGUAUAAUAAUAUUUUUACUGGAAUGAAAGACAAAAUUCAAAAAGAAAAUAUAAAUAAUUAUAAAAAAAAAAGAAGCAGCGUUGUAUAUAAUGAAUAUAAUUCAACCAGUAAUAAUAAGUAUCAUAAUAAUAUUGAAAAAAACGAAACUAUUCAUAAUAUGAAUAAUAAAAAAGAUUUAGAAAAAAAAAUUAAUAUAAGUGAUAAAACUUCUUUAAAUGUUAAAAAUAUGGAAAAAAAACAAAAAUUAAAUAAUGAAAAGUAUUCUCUUUACUUAGAAAAUGAAAAAAGUAGGAAAAAAAAAGUAGAGGAAAAAGAAAAUGAUAACAAAAAAGAAGUAAAUAAAUAUUUAAGUUUUAAGGAUUCUGAAUGUUUUUAUGAUAUAAAUAAAAAAAAUACUAAUGAUUAUCUAAGUGAUUUCAAAAAUUUUGAAAAAAAAUAUAAUUAUUUUUUGAAAGUUCCUGGAAAUCACAAAGAAACAAUAUUAUCCAAAAGUGAUCAUAGUUAUGUAGUGAACAAAUAUAAAAAAAAUUAUUUUAGCAAUUUGGAAAAAAUAAUAAAUAAAUGUAAAAAAAAAGAACAUAAUAUUUCGUUUUUAGACAAUUAUUUACACGCAGAAAUGAAUUCAAAAUUUACAUCUCAUGAAGAAAUAAAUUAUCAUAAAAAACUCUUGAGAAAUUUUUAUAUAAAAAAUUUAAAAGGAUUAAUUUUUAAAAAUGCAUUUGUUGAAAUUUACGCAAAUAUAUAUUUUAAUGAUAAAUAUAACCAAAAAAUAUAUAAAGGUAAAUCAGAUUAUUUGGAUAUUUUUGAAGAUAAUAACAAAAAUAUUUAUAUGAAUAUAUAUAUAAAAUCUAUCUUUUAUAGUUUAAUGUAUAUAAAAGGUUAUAUAAAUGAAAAUAAAAUGGAAAACAUUACAGUAAUAAAGAGAUAUUUAAAAAACAACAACAAUAAUAAUAAUAUAACGGGGGAUAAUGAUUAUAUUUAUUUAAAAAAAAAUGAAAUAUGUUUAUUAUAUGAGUUAUCUUUUAAUAGCAGCUAUCUAAUUAAUUUACCAUUAUUCUUAAAUAUUGAAUGUUUGAUUAAUGAUAAUACAACUACUAAAUUUAAAGUAUCAUUACCUUUUGUUCAUUUAUUUUUGUUUAAACCGAAUAGUUUAUAUUUAAAUAAUUUUAUAAAAAACAAUUACGGUGGUAAAUAUUAUUAUAAAGCAUAUUUUUAUAAUAUGAUGGAUUUUACAUCUUUCGAUGAAUUUAUAAGUAUAUUAAAAUUACGUAAUUCAUUUAAAAUUUUUCAUUUCAAUUCUUAUAUUAUAUUAUAUACUAAUUACUAUUUUGAUGAUAAAAAAAAUCCCAUUUUGCUAUUAUUAUGUGAUUUUAUUAAAAAUAAGAAUAAUUCUAAUGGUAUAGUCAAAUUAUAUUUUAUUUCUAUAUCUGAUGAAUUGAUUAGUUUCUCAAUUAAUUUAUUUAAACAAAUUUUGUAA